UUAUACAACCGUAUACCUUCUCUAUAAAUCAUAAAUAUUUCAGAAUGCAAGUUGAAGAAAAAAGUGAUUUUCAAAUGUUUCAAGAGGAUCGUCAAAUUUAUGUUUGUGUGGAAGAAGACUCACUACACCCAAAUGUUAAAAACUCUAUUGGUAGAAUAAUAAAAAAUGAAGGAUAUUUAACGUUCAAGAUACAAGCUGAAGCUUUAACUGCCGAUGGUGGAAAUUUCAUGGGAAAGUUGUUUGUAGUCAGAAUAACUGGUAGAACGGGUGAAGGUGAAAAGGAAACUAACUUGUUUAUAAAACAAUCGCUCGGUGAAGAUGUGUUCCAAGAACACAUGUCCAUGAGUGAAGUAUACUUAAGAGAAAUAUAUUUUUAUACGGAACUUAGUGCACUCUACAAAAAACUACAACUUGAGGCUAACAUUGCUCCACAUGAGAUGUUAAAAACUGUUAAAUGUUACAAUGAAUCAAGCAGUGAUGCUAUUAUUUUGGAAAAUCUGAAAGUGAAGGGAUUCAACGUGUUGUUCCGUAUGGACGUGAUAUCGUUACAAUUUGCUGAAGCCGCCAUCAAGGAACUUGCGAAGUUUCAUGCUCUCUCUUUUGUUAUACAGAAAAAAAUGCCUGACUAUUUCAAUAAUAAAAAGAAAACUUUCAAGCCAGUGGUUCAUUUCAAUGAACAUUUUGAGCAGUUGACGAGUAAAAGUGUUAAAUUGGCUAUACAAAGAUUGGAUGAACCUGUAAAAGAAAAAAUUAUAAACAACUAUUCCGUUUUAUUUUCAAAUUAUGCGAAAUAUAUGACAGAUACGGUUUCUUCUGUGAAUUGCUUCUGCCAUGGAGAUUACAGACCAAAUAAUAUACUGAUGAAAGAUAACGAUGAGGCUAUUGAAGAAGUUAUCCCAAUCGAUUAUCAACUGUUUUUCUAUGGAUCACCUAUUACAGACUUGAUUUACCUAUUAUAUACAGGAACAGAUGGAACAUUCAGGAAAAAACACGAAAAUGAUUUAAAAGAAUUAUAUUUCAGUACUCUCAAGGAUUUCUUACAAAACUUUGAUAUUGACGUAGAAACAGUUUUUCCGAGGAAAACAUUUGACAACGACUAUGAGAGCAUACGUGAAUAUGGUUUUUAUUUGGCCUUAGUUAUAUUACCGUUUAUAUUGUGUGAGGAAAAUGAUAUACCUGAUUUUGAAAAUGUUCCUGCCAAAGAGAUAGAACUGAAAAUUGAUGAAAGGUACUUCCCUAGGAUGGCUGAGAUUUAUGAAGAAUUUAAGCAUUUGAUUAAGUUUUAGGAUUGUUAAUUUUACUUAAGUUUUUGUAAAUAUAUAGAAUACGUUGAAUUAAAUUUA